GCAGGACAUUGGCGUAGCUCUCUGUGCGCUAUCAGAAAUGUAUCACCAGUCAGUUGGUUAUCGCGAGCAUAACCAUAAUCAUAAUGCAUUUCUGCGUCCUCACUGCGGUCAACAUCAUUUGGUAUAAGAUUGAGGUGACUUGCUGUUGGGGAACCCGAAAGCGAUUUGCAAGACCCGUGGUGGCACGUGUCGAUGCGUAGGUCCACGACACGUGGCGACUCGUCAGAUCACUGCACGAGUGAUUACAGGUCGAGAAGAGACGAGCCCGGGGGUGGCAUGCGACGACUCUUCUGGAGUACUCCACGAGUUCUUUCAGCUCGGGGUAAGACGAACCGGGGCGCUUGCAACUUGCAAGGGUCGGUAUUGCGACUGCUUGAUUGGUAUCCCGUGCCCAGUAUGAGAGGGAUGAAUGAGCGCACAGCCGACGGCGACACUCGCUCCAAUACAGAGCAGACGACGUAACGGAAGACGAAAAGUCGCGCGUUCGAUGCCUAACGGUGACUCCGUUACGGAGAAGAGGCGGUAACGGAAGACGAGAAGUCGCGCAUGUGAGGGAGGGCCAGGACUGUGGCUGUGUACAUUUGUGUCCCGUGGUCCCCACUAACGAGCGGGAUGCAUGGGGCCACAGCUAACGGCCACUCCGUUACGUAGGAUAAGACGACGUAACGGAAGCGAGGGGAAGUCGUCGCGCAUGUGAGUGUGAGGGCCAAGACUGUGGCUGUAUACAUUGGUGUCCCCUGGUGCCCACUAACGAGCGGGAUGGGAAGCUGCAUUGGUGUCCCUAGCUAACGGCGACUCCGUUGCGGAUGAGGCGACGUAACGGAAGGGAGGGGAAGUCGUGUGCGACAGUACCGAUAAGCACACGGGGCCUUGCGUAAGGUUAUGGGGACGUGGAAACGAUAAGUUCCGCCGCGUACGGGGCGGGACACAACGCAAGGCCGUGUGCUGUCAGGCGACGUGCAGAAGAGGGCCCAUCGCCUCCCGCGAGGCCACGUCGACUGGCGACACGUGGCAGUCUUGUGUUGCUCGUUCGAUUAGUGUGUGUGCUCUUCAAAGGUCGUCGAAGAGGAGUAAAGGGUUGUAACGCUUGUGCACUUCGGAUCGUCGAGUAACGGAGGAGGAGGAGGACAGGGAGGAUAGCGAAGAGAGGGAGGAGGAGGAGGAGGAGGAGGAGGAGGAGGAGGAGGAAGAACCGGAGGCUUACAGAGGCGACAUUGGUGCGCAGGCGAUCGGUAUCGACUUAAUUGUGCCAAGCCUUGAUCUGUAGCGAUCUCAAUCCCAAGUGGGCAACGCAAAGAGGGGGCAGGAGAGGAAUGCGCGAAAUUGUACAUGUGCACUUCGCGGCUGGGGUAGGAGAAUCGUCGAUUGACUAGAAAAGUAGCGUAGGAAGUAGAAGAGGGAGGGGGUGAGAGAAGGAUGGUGAGGUGGAGGAUAGAAAGAAGGAAGACAGAGGGAUAGAGCGCAAGGCGAAGACGAAUUUUCUGCUGUAAGGAAUUUCUGUUGUCUGUGUUUCUCUACCCGGUGUUCUUGCACCUUGCCACGGGCUAAGGUCUCAAAAGAGGUGGAUGCAUUAGCUGAGAGAGAGAGAGAGAGAGAGAGAGAGAGAGAGAGAGAGAGAGAGAGAGAGAGAGAGAGAGAGAGAGAGAGAGAGAGAGAGAGAGUCUUUCUUCCUCGGCAAUUAUAGACCAUUUGGUCUUAUAAAGAAUAGAUAGGGGGGGAAGGGAGAGAGAAAACGUCCGUCGUGAAAGAUGGGUGCGCCGUACGAGGAGCUUGUCUGUACGAAACUGAAUGUUGAGCCGAAGGAACCGAGAUCAGCAGCAGAGGAAGAGGAGGAGCGGGAGGGGGGGGAGGAGGCCGUGAGAAUGCUUCUUCCCAAAGAGAAAAUGACUGACGAAGGGAAGAAGAUUUCAGACGACGAGGAAACGGACGUGGAGGAAACCAAGUUGUUGGCACUAGCGUUAGCGUCCUCUCUGCGGUCUGCAACAUCAUCGCCGGCCAAAGACGUGAGCAAUGGUGACAGCCCUGCUGCUGCUAGUACCAUCGGCGCCUGCUACUGGCAUGCUCUUCGCAGCAGAUGCAAACGAUGGGACAAGGCGGGAAUCGCUCUCGUUGUCUCCUCCGUCAUCUUGGUGACCAUCUUCGGUCUGCCUUGGAUGUUCCCUUGGAUUACAGAUUUCGGCCGCGAAGCGGUUGUGACCGGGUUCAAUCAUUUCUCCCCCGAUGUGCCCUGCGAUUACACCAAGGGGAGCUGGCUGUUCGACGACUCGCUGCCUUUGUAUUCCGCCUGCAACAACUUAGCCAAACACAACUGCGAGCUAGAUGGGCGACCCGACCUUGGGUAUCAGAAAUGGCGCUGGCAGCCGUUCGAUUGCAGGAUAGAUCGCUUCAGUGCGCGGCGAUUCGUGGCGGCUAUGCGCCGCGUGCAGCGCCGGCGAUUGCGGCGGAGCAACGCGGGGAAGGCGGGGAAGGCGGGGGAGGCGGGCGGGGCGGAGGGGAGAGGGGAUGAGUACGCCACCCUCGCGUUCGUGGGGGACUCGCUCGGUCAAAACAUGUUCCUCUCGAUGAAAUGCAUCUUGGAGGCGCAACUUGGCACGCCGACGAGAAAUUUUGCCAAGCCAAGGUACGCCACAGUGGAAUGGAAACCGCAUCUUCUGAGACUCGUGCUGAUUAAGUCGCCCUACCUGACGAGCUUGCAGGUGAAAGGAACGGACAAGGAGAUCACGGGAGAUUUCACGAGGGAGUCGGUGUCGGAGAACGACCCUUGGUGGGAGCUGCACCUGGACAAAAUACCCGCCGGAUGGGUUAACAGGCUGACGGAAUUCGACGUGAUCGUGUUUAACUCGGGUCAUUGGUGGGUGACUAGCAAGUUGGAUGCGCGGAAGAUAGAGUUUGCAGAGGGGUCGGUUUUGGGAGAGAACAUCACGCUGAUCGAGGCGUUUCAGCACGCGAUUAGCACGGUGAUGAACCACAUGGUGGACUUGGUGCAGAGCGGGGACUUCGACGGGGAAGUGUACCUCAGGUCGUACUCUCCGCACCAUUUCACGAAGGGAGACUGGAAUACUGGAGGGCGUUGCGACGCGAAAUUGCCGAUUUUUAACGAGAGCCAAGUGGCGCUGCAUCGACACAACAGCAUGAAGCAGAUGGCCAGCUAUAACGAGGCGUUCGUAUCGGUGUUCAAUGCCACCAAGGCCAGGUGCGCAAAAUGCAGGUUCCAUUACUUGCAAAUCACAGAGUUAUCCGACUACAGGCCGGAUGCACAUCCAUCAAAUUACACCGGGAGGGCGGGGAACGUGGAAGAUUGCUCGCAUUGGUGCCUGCCCGGACUGCCGGACACGUGGAACGAGCUGCUGCUGUUCACUCUCGAGAAGCCGUGUCCGGAAAAUCCGUGGUGGUACGGAAGGAGAGGAGGAAGACGACGAAGACGAGUGGGAAGUGUCCGUACGUCGGGACUACCCGACACGUGGAAUGAGGCCCGGCUCUUCAAUCUCGAGACCGACCAUGGUUGCGUACUGAAUGCGUGGGUAGGAGAACACGAGGAACAAGCUCGUUGGAAGUGCCCUGUUCUCCGACAGUCUGACACGUGGAAGUCAAGGUGCCGUGCUGCUUGUGCCAAAGCACGAGGAGCUCCUCUCCUCUUCUCCACGCUCGAGAAGCCGUCGUUGUUCGCAAGCAGGAAGAUUCGAGGAGGAUUCGUGGAUAGUUCCCAUCUCCGGACUUGCCCGACACGUAGGGCGAGCUCCUGUAACAUCCGCUCUCACUCUCGAUAAGCCCUGGCUGUACUGAAGCAGGAGGAGCCCUGGCUGUGGGCUUACUGAAGCAGGAGGAGCCCUGGCUGUGGGCUUACUGAAGCAGGAGGAGGCUGAGGAGCCCUGGCUGUGGGCUUACGGAAGCAGGAGGAGCCCUGGCUGUGGGCUUACUGAAGCAGGAGGAGCCCUGGCUGUGGGCUUACUAAAGCAGGAGGAGCCCUGGCUGUGGGCUUACUGAAGCAGGAGGAGCCCUGGUUGUGGGUUUAUUGAGGCAGGAGGAGCCCAGGGUGUAGUGAAGCAGGAGGACAUGACAUUGUGUAAUUUGUGCAUGCCAGAAUCGCCUGACAAGUGGAAUGAGCUCCUGCUAACAGCCUCUCGAGAAGCCGUAGUUUAUUCCAGCUUGAGAAGGACACGUGCAUGAUGUCCACGUGUACCGCGCGACACGUGGCGCCAGCUCCUGCUCUUCAGGCCCGCGAUCACAUGACAUUGUUUCUAUUUGCAGCAGCAGGACGACACGUGGCGAGUGUGCAUGACCGGUGCUUGCCACGUGCGACACGUGGCAAGUAUUCAUGACCGGUGUGACGUGCCGACGAUUCGAUCGGUGACCGAAAGCUUGCGAUGGUCAUCUUCUUCACACAUGACUCAUAUUGUGCAAUUUAGCAGUUCCAAGAGUCAGUUGUAUCAAACAGUAGCAUUAAUAAACCCAACCGCGGUUAACCGCGGUUGGCGGCGAUGAUCGAGUGUGCCAUGGGGCGUGCGGUCCAGCAGAGAUGCUGAUCAGUUGGCUUUUUUUUUUUUUUUUUUUUUUGUUACUAUCACCUUGUGGACACGUCGACGAAGUAGAGGAGCGUAGUGAUACGGAUGAAGAGAACGAAGAGGAGAGGGCGCGAUGAGCAGCAGGGGGGAGAUUGUGCCCUGGGGCGUCUGGUCAAGUAGGGAUGCUAAUUAUUUAGCAUUUUUUUUUACUUCUUUCGAGUUUUUUAGUGUCGAUUGUAGUGGAACGCAGUGAUAGUGACACGGAUGAACAGAAUGAAGAGCAUGAAGUGGCACAGGAGAGGUCUGGUGAGCAGCAGGGAGGACAAGAGAACGAAGAGGUCUGAUGAGCACAGGAGAGAGGACGGAGAGCGGAUUUAGCGAUGAACUAGAUGAGCAGUGGACCCGUUUGGAUUGGCAAGCGACGCCUGACGUCAUCACCAAUUGAUCUCUAGGGGGUGGAGUGGGGAAUGAGGAGGGGGAGGGGGGGGUUGGGGGAGAGGACGAAAAGGAGGAGGGGUAGGAAAAGGAAGUGGAAGAGGAGGAAGAGGAGGAGGAGGAAGAGGAGGAGGAGGAUGAGGAGUUCGUAUGGCCAUCCACGCUGCAAAUACGCGUGGGGCUCAGAGGACAAAGAGGAGGAGGAAGAAAAGGAAGAGGAGGAUAAGAAAGAGAAAGGAGGAGGAAGAGGAGGAGCAGGAAGAGGAGGAGGGGAAAGGAGGAAAGACGUGCUUCGUACGGCCAUCGCCGCUGCAAAUACGCGUCCUCUUACGUGUUACGUUCAUUUCCGUUCCGUUCCGUUUAGCGUUUCGCUACCGUUUGGGUGCUCUCCUACCUUUUCCAUCAUUGCCUAAUUAAGUAGAGGAGGGGAGCUGCAUUCAAACGAGAGGAUGAGGAAUGGAUGGAUGAAUAAUAAUCGCUGAUUGAUUUGCGAAGAAAAGGCAGGGACUUGAUAGGUUCUCUUUCUUUUUCUUUUACUUUUUUUUUUUGUUUUUUUGGGUGACAUCCGGUAGGUGGGCUAGCGGCGGUGAUAUGAGCAGCCACUGCUAGCAUCCCCAGGGAAGGCUGCAGUCCAUUAUGAGUGGAGGGGAGCAACGCCUGCUGGAAAGACUUAGUGGUUUCAGCGUUCGUUCUUUGAUUCAAACGCAGAGUGCAUGCCAAUUUGUCCGAUGCCAAUUUGUCUAGUGCCAAUUUGUCUAAGGCCAAUUUGUUUAAUGCCAAUUUGUCUAAUGCCAAUUUCUC